AUGAGUGGAUUUUUACAUUAAAAAAUAGAAACAAUAGAUUAAGCAAUGGAUACAUAAUCAAAUUAGAGAAAUGUUUAAUAUUAAUAAUAAACAACAUGGUAAAUUAAUCAUUAAUUUAUUAAGGUCUGAAGAUUAUAAAUUAAAAUCCAAUUCAAUCACUUAAGAGUAUAUAUCAAUAUAAGAUUCAGCAUCAUUUUAAAAGGUUUUAGAAACCAAAGAUAGAGGUAAUAAUAAUAUAUAUUUAUAACUAGAAAUUAUCAAUUUAAGAGAAAGUGUGAAAUCUUUGAACAAUUAAAUAUCAGAUUUAAUAAAAGAAUUAGAUUAAUGGAAAAAUAAAUAUAAAUAAUUACAAAUUGAGAAAGGAACUAGUAGAUCUACAAAUCUAUAUUAAGCCAAUGAUUUAGAAAUUAAUUAAUAUAAAGAUGAGAUUAAUAAACUUAAAUAAGAGAAUAAUGAAUAUAAAUUUAGAUUGGAACGAAAUGUAAAUAUAGUAUAAAAUGAUUAUGAAGUCAAUUCAUUAAAAUAAUAGAUUAAAUAAAUGGAAGAAUAACUAAAAAAGACAUCAUAUGUUACAUCUAUUCCAAAUUAAGAAAUAAUUUAAUUAAAAGAUUAAAUCAAAUAAAUAACAGCAGAAAAAGAAGAUCUUAUUAAAGUUAAGAAUUUAUUAAAUUCAUAAUUGCAAUAAUCAUAAAUUUAAAUUCAAUAAUCACAAAUAUAAAUACAAUAAGGAAAUUCUAAAUUAACAUUUGGUUAAGAUUUAGAUUAAUUUAGAAAUGAAAGAGAUGAUUAUAAAAGAAAAAUUAAAUUAUUAGAGGAUAAAUUAUAAGAUUAAUAACAAGAAAUAAAAAGAUUAAAUUUUAAUUGUGAAUCCUAUCUUUAAGAAAUCUAAUAAUCCUCUUUAAGAUUUACUAAUAAAAAUUAAAAUGUUGAAUUUGAAGGAUAUUUAAAAAGAAUAUCUGCUCUAUAACAUGAAGUCUUGGUCUGGUAAGAUCGUUAUAAAGCUUUAUCAACUCAAGAAUAAACAUUUGCAAUUGAAUAAAAAGUUAUGUAGAAAGAUAAUUAAAUUACAUUUUUGUAAGAAAGAAUUAGAUAAUUUGAAUUAUAAGUAGAUUAAUUAAAAUUGGAAAUAGAUAAAUCUAAAAAAGAAAUGAAUGGAUAAAGAAUUAGUUUUGAAAACAGAAAAUCAGAUACAAAAGAAGUUGAGAUUUUAAAAAAGUAGAUUAUUGAAAUGGAAUAAGAUAUUUAGAUCUUGAUUCAAGAUUUAAAUGAAAGAGAUUAAAGAAUCAGUUCCACUUAGAAUGAAUAUUAAGAGGAACUUAGAAUAUUGAAAAGUUAACAUCAAACUCAAUAUUAAUAAGAAUUAAAUUAAAUAAGAGAAGAAAAAGAAAAAUAUCAAUAAGAUUAUGAAAGAAUAUCUAAUGAAUUUAUGAUGUUUAAGAGACAGAGUGAAUAACAUAAUAAUAAUUCUUUAGAAAUAUAAUCUUUGAAAUAAAAGAUUAUUGAAUUGGAAUAAUAAUUGAAAAAUUCAAAUUAUUAAUAUUAAAUCCUUUAUAGUUAGAUCUAAAAUUAAUAAUCAUAAUAAUAAAGUUAAUAUCAAAUUAUAAGUAUUAAAGAGGAUUAUUAAACAUUAUAAAAUUAAUAUAAGAUGGUUUAAUCUGAAAUAUAAUCUUAUAAGGAUCUUAUAAAUAAAUAUCAAAAUGAUCAAGAAGAAUUGUAUAAAGAAAAUUUAUAAUUAAAAUAAAAAUCAUAAAUAGAGAAAAAUACAUAUCAAAUAAAAAAUAAUUAAAAUGAAUAUCAAAUGAUAUAAGAAAGAUGCAAUUAGUAUUAAAAUGAGAUUUAAUAAUUAAAUGAGUAAAUUAAUAAAUAUAAAAAUGAUUAUUAAUCCUUAAAUUAAAAUUAUUUACUUUUAUAAAGAGAAAGUGAUUUCAAAUAUUCAACAUAAAAUAACAAAGAACUUGAAGUAUUAAAAUUAAGGAUUAAUCAAUAUGAAUAACGUAUUUCCUAAUAUGAAACUUAAAUAUAGUAAUUAAAAAUAGAGAUAAAAAACUAAGAAUCUUAAUUUGAAUUAUCUUUUAAGGAAAGAUUAAGAGUGGAAAUAUAAUGUAUUGAAUAGAAAGUGAAUAAGUAAGGAUUAUCAGAAUUAUCAUAAUUAUAAAAUAAAUAUAAAUAAUUGUAAAAUUAAUAUGAUCAAUUAUAAAUUAAAUAUUAGGAAUCUACUAAGGAAUAUAUUACUAGACAAAGUCAAUUUGAUAGUUAGAAUUUAAGAGAUUAAUUAUAAUAAUUGAGAUAAAUAAAUUUGUAAUUAAAUUCAGAGAUUUCAAGUUUGAGAGAGCAAAGUUUAAAGUAUAAAAAUGACUAUGAAUUAAUUAAUCAACGAUUUAUUACUAUUUAAAGAGAAAGUGAAAUUUAAAAGAGUAGUUCACUUGAAAUAGAUAGAUUAAGUAGUAGAUUAAGAGAAGUAGAUUAUGAAUUACAAAAUAAAAAUUAAUAAAUUAAUUAAUUACAAUUAGAAAUUAGGAAUUUAGAUAUACAAAUAAGAGAUGAUUUAGAAAAGUAGUUUAUUUCUAGAUUAACAAUAGAAAGAUAGAAUUUAGUAGAUUAAUUAUAAAAUUAAGGAAAUUAAGAAAUAUAAUAAUUAUAGUAUUAGUUAUAAUAAACAUAAAUUGAGUUGAAUUAAUAUAGAUCUAAGUAUUAGUAAUUAGAAUAAUAAUAUAAUUAAACUAAAAUUGAAAUAACUUAGAUUCGAUCAUAAUCAUCAAAUAUUAGUAAUGAACAAGUAAAAAGAUUGCAAUUAAGAAUUACAGAAUUAGAAAAUUAAAUAAAAACAUUAAAUAUUGAAAUUGAAAGAUAAUAAAAUAUAAGAUAAGAAUAAGAGAAUAAAAUACAAAUACUAAUUACAAAUAUAACUGAAUAUGAAUCACAUUUACAUAUUUUAGAAUAAGAAAAUGCUAGAUUAGAUAGUAAAUUCAAAAAAUAGAUUGUUAAUGAAAAACAAAAUGAUUAAUAUAUUGUAAAUUAAUUGGGAGGACAAUAGAAUUCUAAGAUGAAUCUCUAAAUUGUAACAAGAUAAUCUGAAAUAAAUUAAAUUUCUUAGAUACCUAUAUCUAAUAAUUAAUAUAUUGAUAGAUUUUAAACUUCAAAUGAAGUAUAGUAUUCUUAAGUUUCAUAAAAAAUACUUAGUCCUUAAUCUUAAGUAUAAAUCUAUUAAAGUCCUGAUAAUAAGUAAAAUCUAUAAAUAUAUAUUAAUUAGUUCUUAAACAUAGAAAUUAAUGACAACGAAAAGUGUGAAAUAAGCUAUAAUGUCAUCAGGAUAUUAAGGAUGA